AUGGUUUCGGAUUUUCUUGUUCAGCACCCUUCAGGUCCGUUCUUUCAAUUGGACGAACAAGAAUGGAUGAAGGCAAUACGAAAGUAUCCCGAACUCCUAAUUGAUGAUGGUAUUCGAUAUGUCAAGUAUUCUGCUACAGUUUUUGCUCAUUUAGGCGUCGAUUCAUAUUUUGAUAAUAGUAUUAUUUUACUGCAAUUUGAGCGCUUAUUUAAGUUAAUUGAAUUUAAACAAGAAUAUCAAACUCAGAGUGUCGAAAUAUUAGUUGAUAAUGCGACCACCCAUACCGCUAAAAGUUACAGCAUUAGUGAUUUUGGAAUAAACAUCGGAACCAAUUGUCCGGUUUCGUCAAUUGAAUAUUUAAAUGAUAACAAUGAGAUAGAAACACUUGAUUGUUAUUUUUAA